AUGUCGCUGUCAUUUAAAGGCCACACAGUCGUCGUUACCGGCGCCGGCGGAGGACUGGGAAAGGCUUAUUCACUUCUCUUUGCUUCGCGAGGCGCAAACAUCGUUGUUAACGACUUCAAUGCUGCUGCUGCGCAGAAAGUUGUUGAUGAAAUCGUUAAAGCUGGCGGAAAGGCCGUCGUUAACACGUCGUCGGUCGCUGACGGUGCAGCUGUCAUAAAAACUGCCGUCGAUGCCUUUGGCACCGUGACCAUUUUAAUCAACAAUGCAGGGAUUCUGCGAGACAAGGGGUUCAAGAACAUGUCCGAUAAGGAAUGGGAUCAGAUCAUGGAGGUUCACUUGAAGGGUGCCUUCUCUUGCACUAAGGCUGCCUGGCCGCUAUUCCGCAAGCAGAAGUUCGGCCGUGUCAUCAACACCGCCAGUGCCGCUGGUCUGUAUGGCAAUUUUGGACAAGCGAACUACAGUGCUGCCAAGAUGGGUCUAGUUGCAUUCUCCAAGACACUCGCUCGUGAAGGCGCCAAGUACAACAUCAAAUCCACCGCUAUUGCCCCAAUGGCCGCCUCCGCUAUGACCGAGACUAUCAUGCCCCCUGAGAUGCUUGCAAACCUGAGCCCCGAAUAUGUUGCUCCUUUUGUUGCUGCCAUUUGCCAUCCCGAUGGUCCAGAUGCUUCUGGAAAGGUUUUCGAAGUUGGGGCUGGCUUCAUUGCCGAGCUUCGAUGGGAAAGGAGCAAUGGUGCAAUCUUCAAGACAGACACAUCAUUCACCCCCUCCGCUGCCGCAAAGAAACUCCCACCCAACCCGCAAUCAUCUCCUGCUGUUCGCUUCGAUGGUCAAACCGUUAUCAUCACAGGUGCUGGUGCUGGUCUCGGCCGCGCGUAUGCGCUCAUGUACGGAAAACUUGGUGCGAACGUGGUUGUCAACGACGUUAGCGAAAAAGGCGCCAACUCCGUCGUCGAUGAGGUCAUCAAAGCUGGCGGGAAGGCAGUAGCAGCUGUUUGCUCUGCGGAAGAUGGCGAUAAAAUUGCACAGAUCGCCGUGGAGAAGUUUGGUGGCGUGCAUGUUCUCAUAGCUAAUGCCGGUAUCCUCCGUGACAAGUCUUUCCAAGCCAUGGCUGAGCAGGAGUGGGAUAUUGUUCUCGCUGUUCAUCUCCGUGGUACCUUCAAAUGCGCGAAAGCUGUCUGGCCUAUCUUCCAAAAGCAAAAGUAUGGCCGUAUCGUGACUACUUGCUCUCAAGUUGGGAUCUACGGAAACUUCGGGCAGGCCAAUUACUCGACAGCAAAAGCCGGUAUUACUGGUUUAACAAGAACGCUAGCCAUUGAGGGAAAGAAGUAUGGCAUCCUCGCCAACGUCAUUGCGCCAUCGGCUGGCACGGCUAUGACAAGCACCAUUUGGCCCCAGGAGAUGGUCGACGCUUUCAAGCCCGACUUCAUCGCACCUAUUGUUGGAUAUCUUAGUAGCAAAGACAAUGAAGAAACUUCGGGAGCGUUAUUCGAGAUUCUCGGAGGCUGGGCUGCACAAACACGCUGGCAACGUUCGGGUGGAUAUGGAUUCCCAACGGUUAAGCCCUUUACGAUCGAGGAUGUUGUUGCCAAGUGGGGCAACAUCACCAACUUCGAGGAUGGCCGAGCAACACACCCUGCGUCAACGCAAGAUGCUAUCCAACAGCUUGUUGAGAACUUUGCAGCCAUGUCUUCGUUCAAGGAUCCCAACGCCUUCGCUGACCGAGAAGAUUCCGAACUCGUGGCCAAAGCCAAAAGGACGAUACCGGACAGCACGACGUACUCAUACACAGAGCGAGACGUCAUUUUAUACAACCUAGGCGUUGGUGCUACGGAGAAGGAGUUACAAUGGACAUUUGAGGGCGACGACCAGUUCUCUGCGUUGCCAACCUUCGGCGUUGUCCCUCAAUUUCCAUGUAGCGCAGGUUUUCCGCUAGACUGGCUGCCCAAUUUCAACCCAGCUAAGCUCCUGCAUGGAGAGCAAUACCUAAACAUCAAGGGACCCAUUCCGACGCAAGGGGAGCUCGUCAGUGAAGCGAGACUUUUGGAGGUGCUUGACAAGGGCAAGGCCGCAGCGGUGACAAUCAUCAUUGAAACGCGCGACAAGCAUUCAGGGAAAGUGGUAUUCGAAAACCAAUCGACCGUAUUCAUUCGAGGAGCCGGAGGUUUUGGAGGAAAACGUGUUGGGAAUGACCGUGGUCCUGCCUCAGUGGCGAAUAAACCCCCAGCGCGAAGCCCCGACGUUGUUAUGGAGGAAAGAACGACCCCCUCACAGGCAGCACUCUACCGUUUGAGUGGCGAUUAUAACCCUUUGCAUAUCCUGCCCGAAUUUGCCGCUAUUGGAGGCUUUGACCAGCCCAUUCUCCAUGGUCUUUGCUCGAUGGGUAUCUCUGGAAAGCACGUGCUCAAGGCAUUUGGACCGUAUAAGGAUAUCAAAGUUCGCAGGUUUGCUGGUGUUGUAUACCCAGGUGAAACAGUUGUGACUGAGAUGUGGAAAGAAGGGUCAACUGUCAUAUUUACGGCCAAAGUAAAGGAGCGCAAUUCUAUCUCUCUGGCAGCGGCGGCAGCCACAUUGGCGGAUACAUCGGGCAAGGCACGGCUUUAA